AUGCCUUCCACCACUCCCUACCGUCCGACUGAACCGCCCGAUUCUCCCGAGCUCGAUUCCGACUCCGAUGCCGACCUAGACCUCCAGGAACUCGACCCCACGACUGCCUCCCACGCCCAUAGGUCCAGCCCGCGGGGACACGGCUCGAACCUUGAACAGCGAGCCCCGCGCAUCGCCUUGCGGAACCUUCGUAUGGGUGGUCUGAGACGGCCUGGAAAUCGCAGUCGCGGCUAUGGCGAGCUUGGCCGUGGUAGGGAAGGGGACGACGACGCCAUGGCCUUGCUAGACGACGACGACGCACAGGGGCAACGCUAUUCCGACGGAAGCGCAAACGCCGGCGAUGAUGCUCCUCUCUUGGACGAGCAUGGCUCUCGCGCGAGAAGGCGCUCCUCCGCCAAUGACAAACUCCAUAACCUAGGCAAGCUUGGUUCAUCGCUGAGGCUUCCCAGCUUCAUGUCAAAUACGAGUUCAACUCGCCAAGAUGGCGAAGAUGCCGUCGACAGAGAGGAGGACGAUCCUUCGAGUUCCAGAUCUAUGGCUGUUGGCUCGUCACAGUCAACCCGCUACCCGCCGAACCUCGUCUCGAACGCCAAGUACACGGCCUUUACCUUUCUUCCUGUCACACUAUACAACGAAUUCUCGUUCUUCUUCAACAUGUACUUUCUACUAGUAGCACUAUCGCAAGCUAUUCCCGCCCUGCGGAUUGGUUAUCUGAGUACUUACGUUGCCCCGCUGGCUUUCGUCUUGGUUAUUACCAUGGGCAAGGAGGCGUACGACGAUAUCGAGCGGCGUCGAAGGGACAACGAAGCAAAUGCGGAGGAAUACACCGUUCUGCACUUCGACGAACCCGGACAGCAGAGUACCACAUCCCGUUCGGGACGCAAACUCAAGUCUUCCUCAAUGCGGAAAGGCCAGCGGCGCCCUUUGACCCAACGGGAUCGCUUGUCGGACAUCCAAGAGGAGGAAGAGCAAGCUGAGAGCGGCGGUCUGAAUCAACCCUCCUCCCACGUGAAAGAGAUCAGCCGGAAAUCUCGAGACCUAAAGGUUGGCGAUGUUCUGAAGCUCAGCAAGGGUCAACGGGUACCGGCAGAUGUUGUUAUACUGAAGUGCUCGACUCCUGAAAGCACACAGGGGCACGACCAGGCAUCAGAGUCGGAUUCGGAGUCAUUGCUGGUCGACCCCUUCGAAGAGGGUGGAAAUAUUGUCGACCAGGAUGGGUCGUUGACGGGGAAAGGCAUGGAGGGCGACCUGAGCGGACCGCAGGCUAUCGAAGGGAGCUCAUCUGGCGAAACUUUUAUCAGAACAGAUCAGCUUGAUGGCGAGACGGACUGGAAGCUCCGCCUUGCCUCUGCUCUAACCCAGUCACUUCCACUCGAAGAGUUUGUCCGUAUCAGAGUUACAGGCGGAAAACCAGACAAGAAGGUCAACGAGUUCAUCGGCACAGUCGAGUUGAUGUCCACAAAACUAGAUGCGCUCAACUAUCAACCGGAAGAAGGGGACUCGGGGGAUCGAGGCAACACUGCUCCAUUAUCCAUCGACAACACUGCCUGGGCAAAUACGGUCAUUGCAUCCCAAGCCAAUACCAUGGCCGUCAUCGUUUACACUGGACCACAGACCAGGUCUGCGCUUUCAACCUCACCGUCCCGGUCCAAGACUGGGCUGUUAGAAUACGAGAUCAACUCCCUGACCAAAAUCCUAUGUGCCUUGACACUCGCCCUGUCUAUCAUCCUCGUUGCCCUGGAGGGGUUCAGCAACACAGAAGGCAACGUCUGGUACGUCAAGAUCAUGCGUUUUCUGGUGCUGUUCUCGACCAUUGUGCCCAUUAGUCUUCGGGUUAAUCUGGACAUGGGGAAGAGCGUCUACUCAUGGUUUAUUCAACGCGACCCGGGCAUACCGGGUGCCGUGGUGCGGACCAGCACCAUUCCCGAAGACCUCGGCCGCAUUGAGUAUCUACUCAGUGACAAGACGGGCACUCUCACGCAGAAUGAGAUGGAGAUGAAGAAGAUCCAUGUUGGCACCGUGUCAUAUGCCAACGAUGCGAUGGACGAAGUCGCGGCCUAUGUGCGGCAUGGGUUUGUCGGGGCGCUGAGCGACAAGGCGCUCGUCACCCCGUCAUCGACGUACAACACCACUGCUGGCGUGACGGCGACGCGGACCCGGCGCGAGAUUGGUUCCAGGGUCCGAGACGUCAUCUUGGCGCUAGCGCUCUGCCACAACGUGACACCUACUGUGGAGGAAGAGGAUGGCCAGACUGUCACGUCAUACCAAGCUUCGUCUCCCGACGAGAUAGCCAUCGUGCGGUGGACCGAGCUUGUCGGUCUUCGCCUUGCUCAUCGAGACCGAAGAGGCAUGUCACUCGAGUCGACCGAGACCGGAAAGACGGUAGUGCAGGUCCGAAUAUUGGACGUCUUUCCCUUUACCUCGGAUGGAAAACGCAUGGGUAUCAUUGUGCAGUUUUGUGAGCAGGCGCAGGCAACGCCACCGGAGCUUGAUGCUGGUGAGAUUUGGUUCUACCAGAAAGGUGCUGACACGGUCAUGGGAUCUAUUGUGGCGUCAAACGACUGGCUUGACGAGGAGACAGCCAACAUGGCACGGGAGGGGUUGAGGACGUUGGUUGUCGGUCGCAAGAAGUUGUCCGUCGAACAGUACCGGGAGUUCUCCAGAAACUAUCAGGAGGCUUCUUUGGCUAUCACUGGUCGCGAUGCCGGCAUGCAGCGAGUGAUUGCGCAGACGCUUGAACGCGACCUGGAACUACUGGGCGUGACUGGCGUGGAAGACAAGCUACAAAGGGACGUGAAACCGUCACUAGAGCUUUUGCGCAAUGCCGGCAUCAAGAUCUGGAUGUUGACGGGUGACAAGGUAGAGACCGCUCGAUGCGUGGCGGUCAGUUCCAAGCUGGUGGCACGUGGACAAUUUAUCUACACGGUCGCCAAACUCAAGCGCAAGGACAACGCCCAGGAUCAUCUCGACUUCCUUCGAAGCAAGACAGACUCCUGCCUGCUCAUCGACGGCGAGAGUCUGACGCUGUUCCUGACGCACUUUGGCGUCGAAUUCAUCUCGGUGGCGGUAAGGCUGCCAACGGUCGUGGCCUGCCGCUGUUCACCGACGCAGAAGGCCGACGUGGCCAAGUUGAUCAAGGAGUUUACGAAGAAGCGAGUGUGCUGCAUUGGCGAUGGUGGCAAUGACGUGUCCAUGAUCCAGGCUGCCGAUGUGGGUGUCGGUAUUGUGGGCAAGGAGGGACGACAGGCCAGCCUUGCGGCGGAUUUCUCCAUCGAGCAAUUCUGCCACCUCACCAAGCUCCUGGUCUGGCACGGGCGGAACAGUUACAAGCGAAGCGCCAAGUUGGCGCAGUUUGUCAUCCACCGUGGGCUCAUCAUUGCUGUGUGCCAGACCAUGUAUAGCAUUGCCAUCAAGUUUGAACCCGAGGGUCUCUACAAGGAUUGGCUUCUAGUUGGGUAUGCCACCAUCUACACGGCAGCACCGGUGCUGUCCCUGGUUCUGGACAAGGACGUCGACGAGAACCUGGCCAAUAUGUACCCCGAGCUGUACAAGGAGCUGACCUCGGGGCGCUCCCUGUCGUACCGCACCUUCUUCGUCUGGGUGUUCGUCUCGAUAUACCAGGGCGGGAUGAUACAAGGGCUGUCGCAGAUCCUGACGGAGGUAGACGGCCCUCGGAUGGUGGCGGUCAGCUACACGGUACUGGUGCUGAACGAGCUGCUCAUGGUGGCCAUCGAGGUCACGACGUGGCAUCCGGUCAUGAUCGUGUGCAUCGUCGGGACGUUCCUGUUCUACGUAGGAUCGAUGCCGUUCCUCGGGGGCUACUUUGACCUUGACUUCCUCCUGAGCUGGGGCUUCUUGUGGCGAGUACUGGCCAUCAGCUCGAUAUCUCUGAUCCCACCGUAUGCGGGAAAGUUGAUUAGGAGAACAAUGAAACCGCCGUCGUACAGAAAGGUCCAGGGGAUCUGA